CCACAAUCUCUCGACCCAAAUUUUUCUGCAACUGCCAUAACCCUAUAAGCAAUUGUAAAACAUAAAAGCGCAGUCAGAAUCAGCAGAAUGUCUCAGGUUCAACAAGAGGAAAAGGUAGAGGUUCCCGCAGUUCCCACCGAAAAGGAAAUCUCGUCAAAGAACGGCGCUGAGACUACUACUGCUUCGACUGUUCAAAAAGAAAAUAACAAGGAGAAUGUGACGAAGGAGUCCACUGAGACUGAGUCAAAGAAGGAGACCACCCAGGAGAAAUCCUCGGAAGCUUCCUCUGGCACGCCUUCCGAUGGCAAUGCUCCUAAGAACACAUCUUUGUAUGUUGGCGAGCUUGACCCCAGCGUCACUGAGGCCAUGCUUUUCGAGAUCUUCAGCACUGUAGGUCCCGUUGCUAGCAUUCGCGUGUGCCGUGAUGCUGUCACUCGUCAAUCUUUGGGUUAUGCCUAUGUUAACUACCACAACGCUGAUGACGGCGAGAAGGCUCUCGAGGAGCUGAAUUACUCCCUCAUCAAGGGCCGUGCUUGCCGCAUCAUGUGGUCUCAACGCGAUCCCUCUCUUCGUAAAACUGGUACUGGCAACAUUUUCAUUAAGAACUUGGACCCUGCUAUCGACAACAAGGCUCUUCACGACACCUUCUCUGCCUUCGGCACUAUUCUGUCUUGUAAGGUUGCUUUGGAUGAGUACGGAAACUCUAAGGGUUACGGUUUCGUUCACUUUGCUUCUAUCGACUCUGCCAAUGCUGCCAUUGAACAUGUCAACGGCAUGCUUUUGAACGACAAGAAGGUCUACGUCGGUCACCACGUCAGUCGUCGUGAUCGUCAAUCCAAAUUCGAGGCCAUGAAGGCUAACUUCACCAACGUCUACAUCAAGAACAUUGAUCCUGAGGUUACUGAUGAGGAGUUCUCUGGUCUCUUUGAAAAGUUUGGCGCUAUUACUUCGUUCUCGCUGGUCAAGGACGAGUCUGGUAAACCCCGUGGCUUUGGAUUUGUCAACUUUGAGAGCCAUGAAGCUGCCCAAAAGGCUGUCGACGAAAUGAACGACUAUGAAUUUCACGGAAAAAAGCUGUACGUCGGUCGUGCUCAGAAGCGUCAUGAGCGUGAGGCUGAACUCCGUAAGCGUUAUGAGCAAAUGAAGCUCGAAAAGAUGUCUAAGUACCAAGGCGUCAACCUCUUUAUCAAGAACCUCAGUGACGAAGUCGAUGACAACUUGUUGAAAACUGAGUUCAGUGCCUUUGGUACGAUUACCUCUGCCAAGGUAAUGACCGACGAGAACGGUAAAUCGAAGGGAUUCGGUUUCGUUUGCUACUCUAGUCCCGAGGAAGCCACUAAGGCUAUUGCUGAGAUGAACCAGCGCAUGUUGGCCGGCAAGCCCUUGUACGUUGCCUUGGCCCAACGCAAGGACGUUCGUCGUAGUCAAUUGGAAGCUCAAAUUCAAGCUCGCAACCAAUUCCGCAUGCAACAACAAGUUGCUGCUGCUGGUAUGUCUGCUCAAUUUGGCAUUCCCGGCGCCAUGUACUACGGUCCCGGCGGUUACCCCUUGCCCGCUGGAGCUCGCGGUGUCCCCAUGCCCCAUCCCAACAUGAUGCCUCCUAAUGGCAAGUGGCCCGUGGAUGGUGCUGCUCCUCAGCCAGGUAUGGUUCCUGUUUACCCUCCUGGCGUUGCUGCCCCUAACUUCCCCGGUUAUCCUCGUCCUGUUGUCCCUAGCGAGCAACCUGCUGGUCAAGAGGCUUCCAAUGGUGCCGUCCCCGUGCCUGCCUUUGACAUGAACGCUUUCUCUGCCGAGACUCCCGAGAACCAAAAGCAAAUUCUGGGUGAAUACUUCUACCCUCUCAUUGCUCAACGUGAAGCCGAGCUUGCCGGUAAGAUUACCGGUAUGUUGUUGGAGAUGGACAAUGCCGAGUUGCUCGGUCUUGUGCAAGACAUCGAGGCUCUUAACGGCAAGGUUGACGAGGCUCUGUCCGUCCUCAAGGAAUUCCAAGAGACCGAGGGAACCGCAGAUGCUGCCGCCGCUGACGAGACUGCUGCUGCUGCUACUGCUGCUGCCGCUGAAACUUCUGCCAACUAAGCAGCAAGACUAUAAGCUGUCGAUGGUGUCGUCUCUACCGCUUUUUGCUUAGCAAAGAUUCGUAUAUACCAUGGAUUCGUAUAUGAAACUCAGCACGGAAAGUGGUCCUUUCUACCGAUUGAUUACCUUGAGUGGGGGUGGGUGAAGGGGAGGGAUGCAUCAUGGAUGGUUUCCUUUCUCAUUUCCAGCCCAUCUGCGAGUGUCAUUGGUAGUUUGCAUUAGAAACUGUCUUCUGGCCUGUUCGUUUGAAACACUACGGGACUUUGUUAUGUUGGUUUGGGCUUUGUGUUAGGAUGUAUUGGUAUUAAUUAUCUUUGUUGUUCGUUAAACUAUAGCGCAUGUGUGUUCGAUAACCAAGAAACCAUUUCUUAUUUUUCUUCCAAGGUGGCUUUGUACU